AUGACCGGCGUGGGAAUCGCCAUACUCGUUGUUGCGUGCACCUAUAAGCCCGCGCCUCCCGUGAUCAAUAUUGAGAAGGUUGACCUUGUACGGCUAAAUUUCAACGGCACAGGCACCAACAGUGACCUGACCACUAGCCUUGGCGGGCUGGGAGCUACUAUCGGGGAUGCCCUCGGGAACCCGUUGGGGGGAGCGCUGGGGAAUCUCGGGAACGAUCUGGGGAGCCUGCUGGCUGAUCCGAGCAAUUUCACCCUCAAUAUGAACGCACUCAUUAAUGUUACAGCGAAUGUGUUGAAUCCCAACAAGUACGAUAUUCAAGUGAAGUACCUGGACCUGUUCAUCUCACUCUUCAACAUCAGCGUCACCAAUGUCUCGUUGGGCGAGUUCAGGUCUCCCAGCAACCAAAACAUCAGCCUCACAAUCCCCUUGAAAGUGGUCAACGUACCGUUGGUGUCUCUUGGGAAGGAUAGCGUCAUUGGCAACUCCCUCCUGGCUCAGAAGCUCAAGAUGAAGGAGUUGCAGAAGGCAAAGCCCAGUGGUGGGCCAUCUCCUCACCAUCCUACAAGGUUGGAGUAG